UUAAAUAACGGUGGUGGUAGGCAUUUCUUGCUGAGAGAUAUGUAUGAUGAUAUGAUGCUGGAUGGAGUACAGCCAAGUAGGGAUACAUUCCAUUCUGUCAUCAGUUAGUGGAAAGGUGCUUUCAUGUUUGUUAUCAUGGACUUUCAUUCUUUCUGGAAUUUUCCGUUUGGUUGAUUUUGUUUUGUUGCAGGUGGAUAAGCAAAAUGCUCAUUUCUUUGGUGUUACGAUCAACGAGCAACAAGCCGAGUGUGGUAUUGUAGAAAGAGUUACUUCAAAUGCACAAAGCAAAUUUAAGUUACUUUAUUUCGAGCAAGAUGUGAAUGGCGGUUAUGGUUUGGCCCUACAGAUGGAUAAUUGAUCCUCCUCUGGAGGUCAAUGUACCAUCAAAACGCACACCAUGGCCUGAUGCCCCUCCUGAACUCCCUACCAAUGAAAAUGUAGUGUUGGGCAUCCAAGAGCAUGCUGUAAAGCAUCCUACAAAGACCCGCACAUCUAGAUCAAAGAGACGAAGCAAGAGAAAGCAUGACACAAGAACGGUGGACACACAGGUUGCUUCAAAGCAUUCUGAAAAAAUUUGAAAAUCUUAGCACGAAGACGGCUAGAGAUGCAUGCUGCUGUGUGAAUUUUAGGCAUCAUUCUUCAGCAUCAUAAAAAAAUUUGAAUUGCAAAGGCUUAUUAGCACAGAGGCAGAUGGCCUAACCUGGUAUAUGUGAAAAGAAUCCUUCACGCUGGGCCAGUUGAUAACAGGCAUUGGAGUUUGAAUUUUCAUUUAAUUUUUCACAAAUUUUUUCUUUCUUUUAUAUAUUUUUGUUUGGGAUAUCAGGAUUCUGGUUCAGCAUGAGGUAUGCCAACAAAGUCUUGCCGUGUCUGCUACCUUGCAGGACUUUGUAUCCAAUAUGUUUAGAAUCUUAUACAUAAUCUUGGAACAUAGGAAUUAUAGAGUUGUGUUCAGCUGGAUUUUUGUAGAAAAAAAGAUACCAAAAUGUAAUAAACAAAAAAGAAAAAAAAAAAACAAAGGAAACUUCCAUAUUU